AUCUCUGAUAAAUAGAGGUGGUCCUCUGAAGAGCCCACUUAAGCACUAUAAGCCACCGAGGGGUCGACUUCUGGCGUUAGGUAACGCCAUCAAGCAAAACCAUCAUGGCUUUGUACUUUGUGACAGUUGUCAUUCUUAUGACGAAGCUAAUAGAAUUUCAAGGAGUCUUGGCAGCUUCAGAAUGUAGCAGUUAUACCGUCCUCAAUCAAGCUGACCGAGCCAGAGAUUAUUCCGGAAAACAUGUUCUCAAAUGCGAUAGGAACGAUCUUACCAAGAAAUGGUAUCGCUUCUCUGGUGCUGCUGGAUCCGCUUUACCAACCACUUGUGUUGCUAAGAACCACUGUGGUACCCAUGCUACAGGAUGGAUGCAAGGUGUUCAUCCCACUCAAGAACAGGGGAUCGUUACACGAAGAGUCUGUUAUCACUGGAGCAACAACUGUUGUCACUGGAAAAACAACAUUCGCGUAAAGAACUGUGGUGGAUUCUACGUGUACGAGCUGGAUAAACCACCACACUGUCAUCUGAGAUACUGUGGCAGCGCUGGACCAGCACCUACAGUUCAACCUCCAGUUCCACAAGAAUGUAGAAGCUACGCGGUACUCAAAGAGGGUGACCGGGCACAAGGAUUCAUUUCCAAACAUGUACUAAAAUGUGAUAAAGACCGUUUUACCAAGAAAUGGUAUCGUUUUAGCGGCGCUGCUGGCUCAGCCAUGGCUUCGUCUUGCGUGUCCAAAAAUCGCUGUGGUACCCAUGCUUCUGGAUGGAUGGAAGGAUCGCAUCCUUCUCAAGCAGAAGGAAUCGUAAGCCGAAGGGUUUGCUUUUCGUGGAGCGGCAAAUGCUGCCACUGGAAUACCAACAUACGAGUCAGGAACUGUGGAGCAUUUUAUGUGUAUGAACUUGAUAAGACACCUUUCUGCCAUUUGCGUUAUUGUGGCAAUGGUGGACCAGCACCAACAACAGCUCCACCAAUUCCUACAACAGUUCCAAACCCUUGUCUCGCUAAUCCUUGCAAAAAUGGCGGGAAUUGCGUUCAGAAUGGAAAUGGCUACACCUGCAAGUGUGUUCAGGGAUACACGGGGAAAAAUUGCGAUCAAGAUGUCAAUGAAUGUUUAAAAAGUCCAUGCAGAAAUGGUGCAACGUGCACCAACACCAAUGGCGGAUACAGAUGUCAAUGCACUUCUGCUUUUAAAGGAAAGAAUUGUGAUAUAGAUGUUGAUGAAUGCCGCAGAAUGCCUUGUCAAAAUGGUGGAUCUUGCCAAAAUAGGCCAGGAAGCUACUUCUGCUUUUGUCCUGUGGGAUUCAUUGGAAAAAAUUGCGAAACAGACAUAAACGAAUGUUCAAGAAACCCAUGUCAAAAUGGUGGUUCCUGUAAGAACACCAAUGGAGGUUACUCGUGUUCCUGUAGAUCAGGAUAUCAAGGAAAGAACUGCGAACAAGAUGUGAAUGAAUGUCUGAAAAGACCUUGUCAAAAUGGCGGUUCCUGUAGGAAUACCAAAGGAAGCUACGCGUGCUCCUGUAGAAUGGGAUAUCAAGGAAAGAACUGUGAACAAGAUGUGAAUGAAUGUCUGAAAAGACCUUGUCAAAAUGGCGGUUCCUGUAGGAAUACCAAAGGAAGCUACACGUGCUCCUGUAGAACGGGAUAUCACGGAAAGAACUGUGAACGAGAUGUGAAUGAAUGUCUGAAAAACCCCUGCCAAAAUGGCGGUUCCUGUAAGAAUACCAAUGGCGGUUACACGUGCACCUGUAGACCAGAAUACCAGGGAAAGAACUGUGAACUAGAUGUUAAUGAAUGUCUGAAAAACCCCUGUCAAAAUGGUGGUUCUUGUAAAAAUACCAAUGGUGGUUACACAUGCACCUGUAGACCAGAAUACCAGGGAAAGAACUGUGAACUAGAUGUGAAUGAAUGUCUGAAAAACCCCUGUCAAAAUCGUGGUUCCUGUAAAAAUACCAAUGGAGGUUACACAUGCACCUGUAGAACUGGAUACCAGGGAAAGAACUGUGAACAAGAUGUGGAUGAAUGUGUUAAAAGCCCAUGUCGAAAUGGUGGCUCCUGCCUCAAUAAACCUGGUAGCUACUCUUGCGAAUGUAGGCCAGGAUUUCAAGGAAAGAACUGCGAAAAAGAUAUCGAUGAGUGUCUCAGAAAUCCGUGUCAAAACGGUGGCACCUGUAGCAAUACAAAUGGUAGCUACAAAUGUACCUGUACUAUCGGUUUCGAAGGAAAAGACUGUGAGAAAGAUGUUAAUGAGUGUCUCAAAGAUCCUUGUCAAAAUGGUGGUACUUGUAGCAACACUAACGGUGGAUACAGCUGCGCCUGUGUUAAUGGUUUCCGAGGAGUUCACUGCGAAGAUGAUAUAGAUGAGUGCAUUUCUGGUAACCCCUGCAACAAUGGAGCAACAUGUACAAACAAAGUUGGAGGAUACACUUGUGCCUGUAUGGCUGGAUUUACUGGAAAAGAUUGUGAUCAGGAUGUCAACGAGUGUGCUAUCAAUCCAUGUCAAAAUGGUGGUAAAUGUAUUAAUACACCAGGAAGCUACAACUGUCAUUGUCUAGAUGAGUUUACCGGCAAACAUUGCGAAUCAGAACCAAGCAAACCAACAGAGAAACCCGGACAAGCUGAUUAUAGUAGUGUAGGAUGCUACAAAGAUCAUGGAGGAGAUGACCGACCAUUCCCUACACUUGUUGCGAACCUCAGACCAGGAAUAGAUUGGAAUGACAUUAAAACCUCUGUUAUAGACAAGUGUGCCAAUGCUGUUCAAGCUUUGGGAUACAAAUACUUUGGCAUCCAGUUCUACGGUGAAUGUUGGAGUGGCCCUGACGCCAGCGUACAGUAUGACAAACAUGGGACACAGGGUUCGGAAUGCUACGUCGGUGUUGGUGCUGCAGGUUCGAACUUUGUAUACCAACUAGACUAGAAAGAAAGGUUUUGUCUCGGAUUAAUUCUUUAGAGUCGAUAGACCAUGUGUAUCUUUGUUUUGAAGUCUAAUAAAUGAAUGUGAAAAAUACGAA